AUGAGCAGGAGAACUGAUUCCGGCGCAAAAGUCAUCCGUGAUCCUUCCAUCGAACAAGUCCAGACAUUGUACGUCGUCUCCGGGCCCAUGCUGGAGCUUCCUGGCAAAGCACGGGGCAGGCAUCAAGACGCAGAAGUGCCCCACGACCUGAGCGAGAGUGACAGCUGCGAUCCAGAAGUGGACAGUGGACAGUGGACAGAGGCGAAGAUGACGAGCACGAGUCUCUCAGCCAAAAGUCAGCAGCUCUUUUGUUCGCAAGCGUAA